AUGUCUUUGAAAUUACCUCAGAAUCCGAAUGCUGGGUUGUUCAAACAGGGGUAUAAUAGUUAUUCCAAUGCAGAUGGGCAAAUCCAAAAAUCUAUUGCUGCGAUUCGUGAGAUCCAUCAGAUGUGUUUGACUUCUAUGGGGCCAUGUGGUAGAAAUAAAAUAAUAGUGAACCACAUAGGGAAGUAUAUUAUUACCAAUGAUGCUGCCACGAUGCUUAGGGAGUUGGAAAUUGUGCAUCCGGCCGUUAAAGUUUUAGUGAUGGCUUCUGAACAGCAGAAGAUAGAUGUUGGUGAUGGGACUAAUUUUGUGAUGGUACUUGCUGGUGAGCUUUUGAAUGUUAGUGAGAAGUUAAUUGCUUUAGGCCUGUCGCCAGUGGAGAUUAUUCAGGGUUAUAAUGUGGCCAAGAACUUUACCUUGGAGGAAUUGGAUAAGAUGGUUGUUAACGAGGUCAUCGACAAGCACGACAAGAAUGAAUUGGUCAAGGCGAUUAAGCCUGUUAUAUCUUCCAAACAGCAUGGGUUUGAGGAUCUGUUAGGUGAUCUGGUUGCAGAGGCUGUAUCAUAUGUUUUGCCUUCCAAGUCUGAUUUUUUCAAUGUUGACUCCAUUAGGGUUGUGAAGAUCAUGGGUAAUUCUCUAUCUAACUCUUUUGUUGUCAAGGGUAUGGUAUUCAACCAUGAGCCAGUUGGUCAUUUGAGGUCACUUCCUCAAGGUGCUGGGAAACACAAGGUUGCCGUAUUUACCUGUCCUGUCGACAUUGCCAAUACGGAAACUAAGGGUACAGUUCUAUUACACAAUGCACAGGAAAUGCUAGACUUUACUAAAGGCGAAGAAAAACAGUUGGAUGCGAUGAUCACGGAGAUUGCAGAUACCGGGGUUAAAUGUGUUAUUGCAGGUAGCGGCGUUGGCGAGUUAGCUUUACACUACUUGGAUAGAUAUGGCAUUCUGGUUCUUAAGGUUUCAUCUAAAUUUGAAUUAAGAAGAAUUUGUCGUGUCUGUGGAGCCACACCCAUGCCAAGACUUGGUGCUCCAACUCCAGAAGAAAUCGGUAUUGUAGAAACGGUUAAAACAAUGGAGAUUGGUGGUAACAGAGUCACUGUCUUUAAACAAGAACAAGAGGAAACCUCAAGAACCGCUACCAUCAUUUUAAGAGGAGCUACCCAAAAUAACCUAGACAAUAUCGAAAGAGCUAUUGAUGGUGGUGUCGCUGCUAUUAAGGGUUUGAUGAAGUUUGAAGGUGGUAAAUUGUUGCCCGGUGCUGGUGCCACGGAGAUUGACCUAGUGUCGAGAAUUACCAAAUAUGGUGAACGUACGCCAGGCCUACUCCAGCUGGCAAUCAAACAAUUUGCAGCUGCUUUCGAGGUCGUGCCUAGAACUUUGGCGGAGACUGCUGGUUUGAACGCAAACGAAGUACUACCAAACCUAUAUGCUGCCCAUGCUAUUGACGAAGGCGACACUGCUGGGCCAUCAAGAGAGAAGCUAUAUCAAGGUAUUGACAUCGAAGGUGUCUCAAGCGAAGGCGUUAUAGAUAUAAGAAAAGAAGGUGUCUACGAUCUUCUAGCGGCUAAGAAAUUUGCCAUCAACGUCGCUACUGAAGCAGCAACUACAGUACUUUCUGUCGACCAAAUCAUUAUGGCUAAGAGAGCUGGUGGUCCAGCACCGCCAAAGGGUCCAAAGCCAGGUAACUGGGAUCAGGACGAUUAG